AAUCCACUUAAUAUGAAUAGAUAGUUUAUCUAGAUUAUGUGAAAUCGAACUUACUAUGUGAAAUCGAACGAUUUUAUAACAGUUGGAUCUAACUUAUGAGAAACAAAAUGUACCUAGAACCAGCAGAAGUAUCCCAAAUGCAAUGGUAGAUGAACAGAUUGCAGCAGGAUGGCCUGCUUGGCUUGUUGCAGCGGGCACUGAAGCUAUCCAUGGAUGGCUUCCUAGAAAACUCGAAUCGUUCCAUAUGCUUGAUAAGAUUGGUUAUGGAGCUUACAGUACUGUCUACAAAGUUCGUGACCUCGAAAACAACAAAACAGUUGCUCUGAAACAAUUGAAGUUUGACAAUGUCGAAUUUAUGAGGAAGGAAAUCAACAUUUUACGAAGGCUGGAUCAUGAAAAUGUUAUCAAAUUGGAAGGGUUGAUCAUCACAUCAUGUAUUAUGUCUGGUUGUUUAUAUCUUAUUUUCGAGUAUAUGGAACAUGAUCUUAAAGGACUUCUAUCAAUCCCCGGUGUAUUCUUCUCCGAAUCACAGAUCAAAUGUUACCUGAAACAACUUCUAAAUGGAAUUAGUCAUGUACAUAGUCGAGGAAUCCUUCAUCGAGACAUAACCACUUCAAAUCUAUUACUUGAUAACCGCGGUAUCCUGAAAAUUGCAGACUUUGGCCUGUCUACACUUUCCAAAUCCAAGCUUAAUGUCCUUUUGACUAGCUGCAUUGGGACUCUUUGGUAUAGAGCACCAGAACUGUUAAUUGGAUCGUGUUUUUAUGGAAUUGAAAUGGAUCUAUGGAGUAUUGGUUGUGUACUCGGAGAAUUGUUUAAUGGCGAAGAAUUUUGCAAGUUAAUAACGAAAUUGAAACAAUUCGUCUAAUGCAGCAAUUUUGAAACAGAAAGUACCUUACAACGCGAAAAUUGAAGAAACAUUUCAUGAUUUUCCUGUUGCUGCUCUGGAACUUAUGCAAAUUCUGCUUUCUGUAGAACCACAGUGCAGAGGGACUGCUGCUAUUGGCUCUGGAUCACAAAUUUUUCAAAGUUGAACCAUUUGCUUCCGAUUCAUUUAGUUUGCCUAAAUACCCUCCAACUAAAGGAUUGGAUGUAAAAUUGAAGAAUUCUAAGGUGCAUUCACACAUUUUCGACGAAAUUAACUGUAUUGAUGAUUUAACCAAUGAUGCUUUAGGGGUUGCACCGUGGGUAACAAUAGAUGAAAGACGAAGAUACAAAAUGCCCGAAUCUGAAAAUUCUUCUGAAGAAGAUACUGUUCAUUCUCCAUUUAUUCUCUUUAACUGUUCAUACUCUGAAUUAUUAAUAUAUACCCCACCGCCGUGGAAGUUUAUCCACGGGGUGUUACCACAAACUAUUGGUUUCUCUCUCGAAAAUUUUUAUGUUCUUCGUUCGAUCAAAUAUGUGUGUGGAUUGGAUCCUAACAGAAGUUAACAGAGAUAAGGGCAAGGAGGAUCAGGAACACAACUUCUGGAGUUUUAUAAAGGGAAAAAAAGAAGCAAAAUCAUGUACAAUCAACUGCUGCCUCGAAGCGAAUUAAUGGCCAUGAUAUCAAGGGGAAAAAACAACAUUUUCGUUUAUUGACAACUGCAUCAAAUCAAAAUGAUCGCGAUUUCGAGGGAAAGAAGAGUGAUUUUUAUGCUCAGUUACCUGUUGAAUCGAACUCAAUGGAUGUGGAUCGAGUGCUCAGGGAGCGUGAUCGGCAUAUCCUGUUGAACGCGCCAAGGUUGAGAAGAAAAU